AUCCUGAGAGUCCGCGCCCCGCCGGGUAGGGGAGGGUUUGGAGAUGCGCUUUCAGCUGGGGCGCGCAGCGCAAAGAGGAUCUCAGCGGACGUUUUUGGAAGUGACUGUUCCGGAGAGGAUCCCAUCAUAUGCCACUGGACAUAAGGAAAGGAUAAGCUUUGAUAUCCAUAUGGGUGGGAAGCUCUAUACAAUUCACCUGAGACAACAAGCCUUUUUAACCAAUGAUUUCAGAGUUUAUACAUACAGCCGUGCAGGAUCCGUGAUGUCUUUAGCCCCUUCUAUUAAGAGGGAUUGCUACUAUCAAGGUUAUGCAGACGGUUAUGCAGAUUCCCUCGUGAUGCUCAGUGCCUGCUCUGGGCUCAGUGGUCUGUUACAGAUUGAGAACAUCAGCUAUGGAAUUGAGCCCGUGGAGUCUGCUUCUGGAUUCCAGCAUCUUGUUUAUCAGAUAGAAUACAACAACACAGACCUCCAAGCGUCUAAAGAGAAUUAUUCCAUUAAAUGGAGUCCGGGAAUGAUCCAGAGAGCAAACCCAGCUACACCUGUUAACUUCAGCACUGUGAGAUACGUGGAAAUGCAUGUCAUUGUGGCCAAGUCCCUGUAUGAUUACAUGGGUUCAAAUGAAGAGAACGUGAUGGGGAAAAUCUUCCAGCUGUUCAGCUAUAUCAAUGCCAUGUUCUACAAACUCAACAUAAGGAUUGUAUUGUCUUCUUUGGAGUUUUGGACAGACAAAGAUGAGUUCUCCACCCUGAGACCGCUUGACCAGUUGCUAGAAAUGUUUGUGAAGUGGAAGCAGGUCCACCUCACUCUACGACCCCAUGACAUGGCCUUCUUAUUUGUCUAUAGGACCAAGGCUGCUUCUGUAGGGGGAACAUUUUCAAAAAGGAUGUGUUUGAAACCGGCUUCCAGAGGGAUUGCUGUGUAUCAACGGGGGAUGACCCUGGAGACGUUCUCGGUGAUCGUGGCGCAGCUGCUGGGGUUCAGCCUGGGACUGUUCUUCGACAACGGCCGUCACUGCUUAUGCCCAGGGGCCACCUGCCUGAUGGAUACCAAAGCCAUACAGGCCAGCGGCGUCAAGGCGUUCAGCAGCUGCAGCAUAAGAGACUUCCGGGAUUUUCUAGGGUUCGGUUCAGCCCAGUGCCUCCUGAACAGACCUCGUGUCGACAUGGCCUACAAAGCGCCCUUCUGCGGCAAUCGAGUGGUGGAGGAAGGAGAGCAAUGUGACUGCGGCACGGCGCAGCAAUGUGAAAGCAGUCCUUGUUGUGAACCUGAUUGUACGUUGAAAAAAGGAAAAGAAUGUGCCCAAGGAGAAUGUUGCUGGCCGAGGACUUGCAGAUUGAAGCCUAAGGGCACCUUAUGUCGAGAGAGUCCUGAUGAGUACUGUGAUCUGGUGGAGUAUUGCAAUGGUACCUCGCCAGUGUGCACGGAGGAUUUCUAUGUCCAAGACGGGCAGCUGUGUGAAGGGGAAACUGGAGUUUGCAUGAAAGGAAUAUGUCAAAGCCCAGAUCUGUGGUGCCGAAAAACGUUUGGAAAAGAUUCAAGAAGUGGAUCUUUGCAGUGCUAUGAAGAAAUCAACAGCCAAAGAGACAGGAUGGGGCACUGUGGCUCCACCGCGCGUGGAUACCAGAACUGUCAGUGGCAGGACCUCCCAUGUGGCAAGCUGGUGUGCGAAUAUCCAAGCAAACAGCCCUUCAUUAUUGAAAAUGCGGCUAUCAUUUACGUGAAGGUGCAGAAUCGCUUGUGCGUCACGUUGGACUACAUGAAGGGGCUGGGUGUGAAGGAUCCGUUCUUGGUUCAUGAUGGAGCCGGCUGUGGCAAAAACAAGAUCUGCAUGAACCAGAAGUGUGUCGAUAGGUCUGUCAUAAAAGUGACGUGCGAUCCAGAAAAAAACUGCAACAGCAAAGGCCGGUGCAACAAUAAAGGAAACUGUCACUGCAACGCUGGCUGGAUCCCACCAGACUGCAUGAGCGAAGAGAAGGGAGGCCUGGGAGGAAGCGUUGACAGCACCUUCCGAAGCGUUCCAGUUGUACAAAUUAAAAAACGUAAAAUGUCCACCACGGUGAGAAACUGGCUUCUGAUGGGCUUCUUCCUGUUCCUCCCUCUGAUUCUUGGCUCCAUCAUCUUGAUCAAAAAUCUGAGCUACUUCUUCUCCAGAGUCAGAGUAGAAGAGGAAGAAGAUGAUUCUGAUAGAGGAUCUAAAUCAGAACCUGCAACCCGGUCAGAGACGGCAAGCGUAUAG